CAGACUGUAGCAUGUGCGGAUCUGACGGUGUUGCAUGAUCCACGAACAUUUUCCCUGAAGUACAAGUUUCGUCCGUGGUUACAGUCGUCUUUCGGUCUUUCAUCCUGCUGUAGAUUGUUUUCUUGUCUUUUCCUUCUCGUAUAAGCUGUACAUUUCAAUUGGACCACUCCAUAUAGAAAUAGACUUGUAGAACUUGUCUUGCGAAUUGUCCGUCCUUCGACUUAGAAACCCUCCGCCAAAAGGUUCGAACCGUCAGAAUGGCCACCCUCCAAACCGCCAUCCAUGGCUCUCCCUCGUCGGUCGCCGUUAUAGUCCCCUCGAAGCCGACGGCGCUUACGGCCACUUACGCCGACCUCGCCUCGGCCUGCACGGCGUUCCAGGGCAAGCUGGCAGCGCUGGGCAUUGGCCACGGCUCACCAGUCUCCAUCGCUACGGCCAACUCGUACGAGUUUAUCGUGUCCUUCCUGGCCGUGUCGUGGCAGCGCGGCAUAGCGGCGCCCCUAAAUCCGGCCUACAAGAAGGACGAGUUCGAGUUCUACAUCGACGAUAUCAAGUCAGCCCUGGUCCUGGUGCCCAGGGGUGCUUACCAGACCGAUGCGCCCGCUGUUCGGGCCGCCAGGAGGUUCAAUGCCGCCAUCGCUGAGUGCUACUGGGAUGAUAAGAAGAAAGAGGUCGCGCUGGAUGUUAAGGAUCUUGGCCAGUUAAAGGGGAAGAGCCACGAGGGGCUGUUGAAGGCACAGGCGGACGAUGUUGCCUUGGUUCUUCAUACAAGUGGGACUACAUCGAGGCCCAAAGUCGUGCCAUUGACACACAAGAACUUGACUCGAACAAUGAAAAACAUCCAAGCAACAUACGCCCUCAGCCCAGCCGACCGUACGAUGCUAGUCAUGCCCCUUUUCCACGUUCACGGCCUCCUGUGUGCCCUCUUAGCACCCCUAUACUCGGGUGGCUCUAUGAUCGUCCCAGCCAAAUUCUCCACCUCGGAGUUCUGGGCCGAUUUCCAAACGUACAAGGCGAACUGGUACACCGCCGUGCCCACCGUUCACCAGAUCCUGCUCAAGUCUCCCGUGCCGAAACCCUUGCCCUCAAUCCGUUUCAUCCGGUCGUGCUCGUCUCCCCUCUCCCCCGCCGUCUUUGAGAAGCUCGAGGCAACAUUCAAGGCCCCCGUCCUUGAGGCCUAUGCCAUGACCGAGGCCGCCCACCAGAUGACGUCGAACCCACUCCCACCCCAGAAGCGCAAACCGGGCACUGUGGGGCUGGGCCAGGGCGUCGAAAUCAAGAUCCUCAACGACGCAGGCGAAGAGCUGGCCCAGGGCGCCGAGGGCGAAAUCUGCAUCCGCGGCGAGAACGUCACCAAGGGGUACCUGAAUAACCCGAACGCCAACGCGAGUUCCUACACCAAGGGCGGGUUCUUCCGCACGGGCGAUCAGGGCAAGAAGGACGAGGAUGGGUACAUUAUUAUCACAGGCCGCAUCAAGGAGCUCAUCAACAAGGGUGGUGAGAAGAUUAGCCCCAUUGAGCUGGACAAUGUGUUGGCGCGACACCCGGCCGUAGGCGAGGCGGUGAGCUUUGCUAUUCCCGAUGAGAUGUAUGGCCAGGAUAUUGGGGUCGCCGUGGUGGUUAAGAGUGAGGAGAAACUGGGAGAGGGGGAGUUGAGGAGUUGGGUUGGGGAGAGGGUUGCUAAGUUUAAGGUGCCGAAGAAGAUCUACUUCACGGAAGUCAUGCCCAAGACGGCGACGGGCAAGAUUCAACGACGCAUUGUCGCCGAGACGAUGCAGAAGCAGGACAAGCCCAAGGCGAAGCUAUGAUCGAGAUGAAAUAGAAUUGUACCCGAGCCGCGUGAACAACUUGCUUGGUUGUAGACAUAGGUGUGAAGAACGACGGCUAGAAACUAGACCUAGAUGUGGCCAGACUUAGAUGCGAUAUACAGAUUAGAGAUAGAGAAUGCUAUUCUCGUAGGUAUUUACUGGCAGUCACUGGCACCUGAAUGCAUAUUGAAUGGUUCUCUUGAACACAUUCUAGAUCGUAGUUCACUAGAAAGACGAAAUGCGAGCGGCCAGUUGCUUCAAAACCGU